GAAAUAAAACACCGAAUGAUCUUUGCCUUGCCUUCCGACCGACACCGGCCUGCUCGACUUACACACACCUUCCCGCCCGCCCGGACGCCCCACUAUCUGCACGCCUAUAAAAGGGUGCCGAGCCUCCCAACUGGCAUCACAACCAACCCAGCCUUCCAAGCAAACACAACCACCAUGGCCUUCAAGCUCGUUUCCGCCCUUCUGCUGGUCGCCGCUCCCCUGAGCAUGGCCCAGUACGGAGGCUACCGCGCCGUGGCCGCCGCGCCCGCCCUGGCCGUCGCCGGCUACAACGACGACGCCCACUGGGGACCUGCCGAGUACGCUUUCGAGUACGCCGUGCACGAUGACCACACCAAGGACAUCCACUCGCACAAGGAGUCCCGCAAGGGUGACCGCACCGACGGAGAAUACAGCCUGGUCGAGCCCGACGGCACCAUCCGCACCGUCAAGUACUACGUCGACGGCAAGAGCGGCUUCGUCGCUGAGGUCAUCCGCUCCGGACACGCCGUCCACGCCCCCGCCGUCAUCGCCAAGCCCGUCGUUGCCUACAAGCCCGUCGUCGCCGCCUACAAGCCCGUUGUUGCUGCUUACAAGCCCGUUGUUGCCACCUACAAGCCCAUCGUGGCUGCUGCCCCCGUCUACCAAGCCGCCCCCGCCUACCAGCACGCCGCCCCCGCCGCCACCAGCUACGUCCAGAACGGAUACAACAGCCAGUACAACCGUCACUACUAAGUUUUUUUAGUAGCAGCCCUAAUUCCCCCAGUCCCUAUGUGAUAUAGCAUCGCACCCCCACUCAUCAUUGUUGUCCAUUUCACAUCAUCACAACUCAAUACUUUUUUAUAUGAAAACGCUGAAAACCACGUGAAUAAAACUUUAUAAAAAAGAA